UGCAAAACACAGGGUGCCAUGGCGGCCGCCAUGGAGGAGGACUCCUCGGAGGAGCCGGCGGCGCGGGAGCCGCGGCUGCGGGAAACCCCCGAGGACAUCUGCUUCGAGGCCACGGCCAACGCCAUCGCCCUGCACUCAGAGCGGCCGCUGCUCGCCGCGGGGGACGUGGAUGGCGAUGUGUACCUGUACUCGUACUCCUGCACCGAGGGGGAGAACCGGCAGCUCUGGUCCUCGGGGCAUCACCUCAAGUCGUGCCGGGACGUGGCGUUCUCCCAGGACGGGCAGAAGCUUUUCACCGUGUCCAAGGACAAGUCCAUCCACAUCCUGACGGUGGAGGAGGGGCGGCUGGAAACGCGCUUCCCCAAAGCCCACGGCUCGGCCCUCAACUGUGUGCUGCCCAUCGACCACCACGUCUUUGCCACGGGUGAUGACGGCGGAGCGGUGAAGGUGUGGGACCUGCGCAGGGGCGAUGCCAUCCUGGAGGCCCGGCAGCAGGAGGAAUACAUCAGUGCCAUGGCCGUGGACGGCAACGGGAAGAUCCUGCUCACCGCCAGCGGGGAUGGCACCCUGGGCGUGUACAACGUGAAGAGGCGGCGCUUUGAGCUGCUCUCGGAGCCGCAGAACGGGGACCUGACGUCCGUGGUGCUGCUGAAGAGGGGGAGGAAAGUGGCGUGUGGCUCCAGUGAGGGCACCAUUUACCUCUUCAACUGGGACGGGUUUGGGGCCGCCAGUGACCGCUUCGCACUGAGGGCAGAGUCCAUCGACUGCAUGGUGCCCAUCACGGACAGCAUCGUGUGUGUGGGGUCCCUGGACGGGGUCAUCAGGGCCGUGAACGUGCUGCCGAACCGCGUGGUGGGGAGCGUGGGGCAGCACCUGGGCGAGCCCAUCGAGCAGCUGGCCGUGGGGCCGGGCGGGACCCUCCUGGCCAGCAGCGCCCACGACCAGAAGGUGAAGUUCUGGGACGUGUCCGCGCUGCGCUCGCUCGUGGUCGACGACUAUCGCCGCAAGAAGAAGCGGGGCGGGCCGCUGCGGGCCCUCAGCAGCAAGGCGGUGGGCAGCGGGGAGGAUUUCUUCGCCGACCUGCGCGACGAGCCCGAGCAGGCGGCGCCGGGGGGAGGCGACAGCGACAGCGACAGUGACUGAAUGGCCCCGCGCCGGGGGAGCCGCCCCCUCAGCGCUGCCGCCCCGCCCCUCCGCGCGGCGCUGCCAAUCAGAUCUGCGGUCUCCGGGAGUGCCCGCCCACAGGGCGCGCGGCCAAGCGCGUAUCCUACAGCGUUGGUGGGCGGCGCUCGAGCGUUCUGAUUGGCUGCGAGGGCUGCCACUCAAGGUGGGCGGUGGGCGGGGUCUUAAAGGAGCAGACGGGACGGGACGGGACGGGACGGGACGGGACGGGACGGGACGGGACGGGACGGGACGGGACGGGACGGGACGGGACGGGACGGGACGGGACGGUGUUGCCUCGCAGUGGCUCCCUGGUACAGCCGCGGUUUUGGGGUUCGGAGGCCCCCGUGCGAGGAGCCCCGGGGAUGGCCCCAGACUGGGGGGCAAGUUUGGGAUGGGCGGCUGAGGGUCCCGAGGGAGGGGGGGUGUCCCUGACAGAGGAGGGACCUGCUGGGGGUCCUUAGGAGGGGGGAACAUGGCUGGG